CGUUUCAGUACCAAUCUUCCUGGCGUGCUGUUGAAAAAAAUCCCUAAAAAUGCUGGUGGAUGGAAUCUGCAACAAAUUCAUUAUGUAGUUAAAUUAAAAAAGAAAAAAAUGGAAGCAGUAGCAGAGGGACUAUGGGGAUUAGCAGAUUACGCGGAGAAGAAAGGAGAGAUAGGAAAAGCAGUGAAAUGCCUUGAAGCCAUCUGUCAGAGCCACGCGUCUUUCUUACCGAUCGUGGAGGUGAAAACCCGUCUCCGCAUCUCAACUCUACUGCUGAAGCACUCUCACAACGUGAAUCAAGCAAAAUCCCAUCUGGAACGCUCCCAACUUCUUCUCAAACAGAUUCCUUCUUGCUUCGACUUAAAAUUCCGUACUUUCAGCAUGUUAAGUCAGUGUUAUCAUCUCGUUGGAGCUAUUCCUCCUCAAAAACAAACCCUCCUUAAAGCUCUCGACCUCACAGCUUCCCUUCCUCCCGAGGUUUCGGUGAGGUUAUGGGCUUGCAAUUUCAAUUCUCAGCUGGCUAAUGCUUUGAUUAUUGAAGGAGAUUAUCAUUCUGCUUUCUCUGCUUUGGAAUCUGGCUUUGAUUCUGCUUCUCAAUUAUGUUAUCCCGAGUUACAGAUGUUUUUUGCAACUUCGGUACUGCACGUGCAUCUGAUGCAAUGGUACGAUGAUAAUUCAGUUCAGUCUGCUCUUCGUAGAUGCGACGACCUUUGGGAAUCAUUAGGCCCUGAUAGAAGGGAACACUGCCUUGGUUUGCUUUUUUACAAUGAGCUACUUCACAUAUUUUAUCAACUUCGUGUCUGCGACUACAAGAAUGCCAACCAGCACGUGGACAAGUUGGAUGCUGCUAUGAAGGCUGACUCGCACAAAAUGCGGGAAGCACAGAGACUAACCAAUGAACUCAAUGCUUUAAAUCAAAGUCUUUCCAGGCCUGACUUACCCAACAGAGAGAGGUCCUUACUGUCUUCAAAGCAAGCUCAAAUUCAAGAUCGUAUCUCAAGUAUGAACAACACGAAUUGGUCCGCUGAACAACCUCUGGAACCUGCAUAUUUUGGAAAUACUAAACGGCCAUGGCAAGAGAAGCUUGUGUUGGCACCACCUCCCAUUGAUGGAGAAUGGUUGCCAAAAAGUGCUGUCUAUGCUCUGGUUGAUCUUAUGGUGGUCAUAUUUGGUCGACCAAGAGGACUUUUUAAGGAGUGUGCAAAGCGGAUUCAAUCUGGGAUGCGUGCUAUUCAAGUGGAGUUGGUGAAGCUUGGAAUAACUGAUGGUGUUAGAGAAGUGGAUUUGCAGCACUCUGCCAUUUGGAUGGCUGGUGUGUAUCUAAUGCUUUUAAUGCAGUUCCUUGAAAACAAAGUUGCCGUGGAACUCACAAGAUCUGAAUUUGUUGAAGCACAAGAGGCAUUGGUGCAAAUGAAAGAGUGGUUCAUUCGCUUUCCAACAAUUUUACAGGCCUGUGAGAGUAUAAUUGAGAUGCUACGAGGGCAGUAUGCUCAUUCUGUUGGCUGUUAUAGUGAAGCAGCUUUUCAUUACAUUGAAGCUGCAAAGCUAACAGGGAGCAAGUCAAUGCAAGCUAUGUGCCAAGUUUAUGCAGCUGUCUCUUACAUCUGCAUUGGUGAUGCUGAAUCAUCAUCACAGGCACUUGAUUUGAUUGGACCAAUUUACAGAAUGAAGGAUUCUUUUGUAGGAGUUCGAGAGCAAGCAAGUGUUCUUUUUGCUUAUGGCCUUUUAUUGAUGAGGCAGGACGAAUAUGAGGAAGCACGAGCUCGGCUGGCCAAGGGCCUGCAGAUUGCUCAUAAUAGUAUGGGUAACCUUCAACUCAUUGCACAGUAUUUGACAAUCCUUGGACAUUUGGCUCUUGCUUUGCAUGAUACUGUACAAGCCCGAGAGAUCUUGAGAUCUUCCCUUACGCUGGCAAAGAAGCUUUAUGAUAUCCCAACUCAGAUCUGGGUGCUGUCGGUUCUGACAGGUUUGUAUAAAGGAUUAGGAGAGAUUGGGAAUGAAAUGGAGAAUGAGGAAUAUCGAAAGAAAAAGUUAGAUGAUCUGCAAACAAAACUUGCUGAUGCACAUUCAUCCAUUCACCACAUUGAACUGAUCGACAAGGUAAGAAUUGAAGUUCAACAGUUUCAUGAACUUGAUAUCAAGCGUGCUAUGGAAAGCCAGUCCAUGGGAGUCAACCUCGACAUUCCAGAGUCUGUUGGUUUAUCAACUCCAAUGCCAGCUUCUUCAUCAUCAAGGCUACUAGAUUUGGAUAAUCUGGACAGUCGAAGGCGUGGGAAGAGAAAAAUUUAGUUUGUUACUUUGUAGGUUUUAUGAUUUAUGUUGAUAUACGAGAGAAUAGGAAAUAUAAAGGGUAAAUGAGACGGAGGUUAGGACUUCAACAUGUACAAUUGCAGGGUUUUCAACAAGACCACUUCCUUUGCA